UACCGCAGUACCGCGCGCUGCUGACCAGCCACCAGUACUGGUCUAGAAGACGUCGCGUUCGGUUGACGGUUGUCCGACAAGAGCGGACGGUUUUUCUUGAAUCGAGUGUUUCAUUCGCGUUGUCCUCCGAGCGUGCGAGUGUGCCGACGACGAAAGCGUUUUAUCAGAAAUCAGUCGAUCGAUAGAUCUGUGCACCGACGCCGUACCAACGCGCUUGGCUUUAUCGCAAUACGCGUUUACAUAAUGGUGACUUCGCGCGUAGCAUUGGAAGGGCUUUUGCAGAAUAGACUGACUACAGACAUUUGCAAAGACACGUUAAGAAUGCAAGGAAACGCAGCAGAAUUGUUUCAUUUAUACGCGGGAAAACAUCACGCGGACGACACGUCGUCGUCUUCGUGCGGCGCAGAGAUGAUGACCACCGUGACAAUCAAACGGGAAGCGCAUACGCCGACCACCGACCAGAGCGAGGACUCGGGCGUGGACGUGUCGGCAGUGGCCGAUGGUCGCGACGGCCACGGGACGUUCAAACGAAAACGGAUGGACGAUUCCGAUGACGGGGACGGGUGUCCGACCGCAGCCAAGUUCAGCAGGACGGCCGACGCUGCCGCGGCCACCGUGCUGCGGUCGAUCAACAUGGACGCCUGUCCGCCGUUCAGGCCGUGGAGCUGCAACGAAGAGUCGUCGUCAGAAGUGGGCCUCCGGCUGUUCCACGACAUACGCAACGUGGACAGGAUACUGACGCUGACGCAACAGCGCCGCGGCGAACAACAGUCCCCGUUGCCGCCCCCGGCGGAACCUCAACCCUUGGACCUGACCAAAGGCCAACGCGGCGGGACGAGACCGGUGGACUCCGCCGCUGGGACCGUCGUGAACACAACCACAGCCGAUGCCGACAACGGGACCUGCAGAUACGCCGCGCCGUCGACUGUGGCGUCGUUCCCGUGCAGCGCAGUCGCGGAAACCGCCGCGGCCACCGGCGCAUCGACCACCACCGCGACCACGACCAGGUACAGCAAAAACAUGUCGCGGGCUCGGAGGAUAGAGGCCAACGCCCGGGAACGGUCUCGGGUGCACACCAUCAGCGCGGCAUUCGACACGCUCCGAGCAACCAUACCCUCGUACUCCCGGAACCAGAAGCUUUCCAAACUGUCGACGAUCCGGAUCGCCAGCGCUUACAUACUAACGCUGUCCCGACUACUGGACAUGGACUACAGCGCGGAGCGUGACAAUCCGUCGGUGGCCGAGUGCGUGGAUAACGUCACCGGAAUCAUACACAUGGAGGGCAAGGCGAGAAAGCGAAAAGACGAUCGGUAAUAAUAACUAUACUGUGUAACAACGACGAGGUCAAUGAUGCCGCAUAAACGCGGAUCAAUUUAUUUUCCCAUAUUAUAAUAAAUAAUAAAUAUCAAUAUUAUAUUUUUUUAUCGUGGUCGAUUGAGAUGAAAUUCGAAACGGUCGCUGAGUUUAUCGUACGUGUAAUACCAUUCAGUCUACUGUCAAAACAAAACAAAAACUAAAAAACAAGAAGAUUUCGAUUAGUACCUGCAGUGUUUGUAUAAUUUUCAAAGAUAUUGUAUUUUUAUAUUUUCGUUUGGGAAAUGUUAUUUUUACCUAAAACCUUGUAACCUGCAUUUUCGGCCGCUCGUCUCUGCGCGUUUAUUGUUGAUGCACACUCAUCGUCGAGUCAUGAAGCGCGGAAUAAAUCGUUUUGAGUUCGAAAGCGUUGACGAUAAGAGUUGUAAAAUAAACGCAACUUCUAGUCAAAAGCACGCGACGAGAAGACUGCUGAAUGAAAAAGAGAAACAGAGAGAUAAAACGUAUAUAAUUUAAAUACUUUACAUCGUUAUACAUAAUACGAUCGCGUUGGAGCGAAAUUUGAAAGUAAUUCCAAAGCAGCGAUGACAGAUCACUUCUACCCCUCUUGGACAUGGCAAGCGUCGCUCCAAUACGCACAACGCACCUUUUUUCACCCUCGAAGAUGAUCACAUAAGCCAGACUCUCGUGAUCCACAUGUUAAAACACAUGGCCAGCACUUGUCGCGUAAAUAUAAGGCUGUAAUAUAUUAUAUUGUUAUUACGACGAGUACACAGCGCUUGCGUACUGUACAUGCGUUGACCUAUAAAAAUAAGACUUCUAAUGUACACAAUAAAUAUUAUACAAUAUAUUAUUAUGUGUUGUAUAUUGUUAUGUAUUUAUAAAUAAUAUUGUACUGCACGCACGCUGAAACACGACAUUUUGUAACAUUUGCAAUAAACGUGGUGUACGGAUGCAUAUUAUUAUAUAUUAUAUUGAUAUAAUAUUUAUUGUCGUACAUUUUAAUAAUAUAUAUAUAUAUGUUAUAAACUAUAAUAUACUAAGUAAAUUUUAUAAUAUUGUAUACACAUUCCGUAAAAAUUCACUUGCGUAUCGCUGUAAAAAACCAUCGAUUGUUAAAUUAAUAAAAUAUUAACGUCGAUACGUUGUCGAUAACGCAUAUUAUAUGCUACAAUAAUUAUUAUGUAUUAUAUACGCUAGUUAGGUAGUGUUUUAUGUAUCAAUCGUCAACUUGACUACCUGAUUGCCAGCGUCGACCACUGCAGUCGCGGUCACAAAGCGGUAUAAUCUAAGGUUACUACACCCUGCCAGUAUGCCCAUCCACUAUUAUAAUAUUAUUAUAUCAUAUCCUAUUUUUAUUUUUACGUUUUGUUAUUUAUACAUAAUUACGUAUACUAG